AUGAGGCUGAAUACGAGCUUCCAGAACACGAACUGCCUGACAUGCACGGACUCGCUCGUGGUGGAUAACCUGUUUGCGCAGACAUGGCACGAUGGGCUUCAGGCCGUCCAGGGAACACCCGUUUCCCUUUCACUCUCUUUCACCGGGACGGGAAUAUCGGUGAUGUGUGCUGCGAUCGACCUCGGGCCGCGCACGGACAUUGUUACGCCCAUGGACCUCGCAUUCACGCUCGAUGGCCAGCCGCACGGGACGUAUUUGUAUCCGCAAACCGGGAAGGCUGUUUACGUUUACAACUACACGUUCGAUGACCAACCGGCGACCUCCUCCACUUUGUCGACGCCUCCCACCACGGCGGUCGUAGUUUCGACUCAAGUCACGACGAGUACCGCAACAGCUGUGGGCACCGCAGUGAUCAACACAUUGUCUAGCACAGGGAGCACGGACACCGUAUUCCAGAGCUCGACUUCAAUAUCAACUGUCGGUCCGCAAUCACCCAGCAGCGUGAAUAUAACCUCGAGGAGCAUAACCUCGCAUGGAUCUCAAUCUACUCCAUCAUCUUCCGCGUCAUCCUCUGCAUCCGCCACUGUUUCGAGCGCUCUUCUUCCCACCGCAUCCACGGGUACUUCACCCGAAGUGUCUCCGCCCGCCACCGGCAUUCGCCGGAAAAAUACCAGCAUGAUCGGCGUCGUUAUCGCCGUCUGCAUCUCCGUCGUCGCACUUGCGGCCAUCUUUCUUUGUAUGCGAUACCGUCGCCACCGCACUUGCAGGACAUCCACGGAGGAUCAGGAACGCACACCUGUUCCGUACACCACUGUCCAAGUGCACAGCGCCGGGUCUCUCCAGUCCCUGCUGUCGCCGAAUCGCCUGGGCUCGGGCUCAGCCUCGGCCGGCGGCACGCACCUCCCAUCUGCACUGGCAUCCACAGCGGAUGUUGAUAGUGGCUCAAUGUUGGAUCCACCGCCUUCGUACGCUGAACGUAUGUCGUCGCACGUAGUGGUGGCAUCGCCUGCCCUCGGAGAUCGGGGGGCUCCGUUUGAGAUGAGGAAACCCGGCUGA